CAUCGACGGGGCGAAUUGCAGUGACGCUCAUUCUGAACUUCCUUGCAGUCCAAGGUUGAAGCGACGCUUUCCACUGGCAGGACAACUACGCGGCCAUCCCAGUUUUGAAGCCGCGAAGGGACGGGGAGCCAUUGAGAUUUGAACCGCGCGCACGUACUGCACGCUCAGACCAAGAGUUACUGCUUUUCACUGGGGAUCCUCGAUGUCAGGAACCUCGGAUCCAGCAGUUUCUCGAGAGGGCUUGCACGGUAGGUACCAAACAUUGCAUCGUGCAUUGAGCAUCAACACGCGGGCGCAUGGACUAAACUCGUAUCUUGUACAGCCGAGACGGUGCUUUCAUUACUUCCUCAAGAGAUGUGGGAUGGUGUGAUCGAUCAUCUGCACGAUGAUCACCAGGCGUUGAAGGCUUGCGUCCUGACGUGCCGAGCAUGGCGACGAACUGCUCGCGGACUCAUCUGGCGGGUGGUUCGCGUUUGCAACCCACCGAUCCUGGAUAGACUGCGGUCAUACCUCCAUGAAGCGCCGGACCUCGCUGGACUAGUUCAGUCGCUAUGUCUUUCUUGGUUAUCAAUCUUCACGAAUAUGAAGACCCUGAAAUUGGAACGUACGACGGACGAUCAGAAGGAGGUGCCAGACAUUCAACUCGUGCAGUCCAUUCCGGAGUCUGGGCGGCCCUACCUACCAAACGUAAUCGAGCUCGGGUUGUCGUACGACAGCUUGACGGCGAUGUCGGUUGUGCAAGUACUGAGUUGCUUCCCUCACGUGGAUCACCAUCCAAUAGAACGACCAUUACAACUGCUCUCUCUGCCAUGCCUACGGCAUCUCGUGUUCGAAGCAAUCGACCUUAGGGGGGUCCUCCCCACCAUCCUGCAUGGAGCGAGUACCGCUCUAGAGACCCUAUAUAUGCGCAUCCCACCGGCUCCCGUACACGUUCUGCGCAAUAUGCUCGACUUCUCGCAGAAUAUGCGUCUCGUGAGUCUAAUCAUCUUGGUGAAAGGCGGCGGACCCUUCCGUCAUGGGUGGGCUGAUCACCUGGCAUCCGCCCUUACACAAAUCAAUUCCUCGCAUACUUCUCUGGCGCACGUCAUGUUACAAAUCCCUUCUGUUCUACCAACUAGUGCCACAACCGGGAGUGCGUGGAUCGAUCCAGGGGAUUUUGUCGGUCAUGAACUCUCCCGCGUUCUGGAUGACCUACCCAGUGUCACCAUUUUCCUUUACCAACAACGAAUCUCGUUAACGAUGGCUCAUAAGACUCGAACGGCACUGGAAGCCAGCCUGUCGGAGCGGUUCCCAGGUCUUUAUGCUCAUCACUCGGACAGUCACCACUUCAGGGGAUUACAUUUACUUACUGAGCGGCCUGAAUCUCACACAAUCCGGUCGAACAUCAGCAUCGUUGAGUGUCGCUGACUGUGUCAUGACUGUAAAUCCUUAUUUCCAAGCCGUGUACCUAC